AUGCAUUUCCACUGUGUCUGUGGCCUCCUGUUCGCCGUGGCAGGCGUCGCUACCGCAAGCCCGUUCAGCCAUGCUGAGACUUGGGUGACUGCAGACGCUGCUCUGCGCCUGAUCAAGGUCUCCGAGUCCGAUCCUGGCACUUGGGUCCGUGAAGAUGACAAGAUCGAGAACUAUGUGGCCAAAGGCGUCAAUUUUGUCGAUGUCACUGAUAUGAGCGUGGUUGUAUCCGCUGCUGCAGCCAACCCGAGCAUAAGCGUCACCAAGUUCUCACACUGUUUCAACCAGCCCUCAGUCAUCGCAAAGAUCCCCGGUUCUUCAUCCGACUCUCUGGUCAUUGUGGGAGCGCACUUUGACUCCACGGGCGGUAGAAGUACCGCCCGCGGUCCGGGGGCGGACGACAACGGAUCUGGGGUGGCCGUCAUAUUCGAGGCGCUGAGGAUCCUCGCCCAGGCGGGCUUCGCGCCCCGAGACACAUUAGAAUUCCACUUCUAUGCUGGCGAGGAGGGCGGGCUUCUGGGCAGUAAGGACAUAUUCCAGUCUUACAAGACCGCUAACAAGCAGGUUCUGGCUAUGAUGAAUCAGGACAUGGCAGGGUUGUAUACCGACUAUGUGGACUCUGGCUUGACUGCAUAUGUGAGGAGGGUGGCCGAGGGAUAUACAGGGCUCAAGACGUCGACUGAUGCUUGUGGGUAUGGCUGCUCGGAUCAUCACUCGGCUUACUCCAACGGGUUCCCUGCUGCGUAUGCAUGUGACGAGGUGCUGUCAACUUCUAGCCACUACAUUCACUCGCCUUCAGAUUCGUACAGCACAAUAAUGUGGGAUGCAAUCGAGCGCCACACCAAGUUUACAGUUGGGUUCCUCGUCGAGGCCUCGUAUCUUUAA